GUUAAAUUACUAAUCCAAACACAAUAACCCUGCUGCUAUUCAAAAGUAAAGUUUAUAAACAGCCUCUGGCCUUCAUUGGACAAAUUCAGUGUUUCUGUCUUGCUCAGAUGAUGUCAUACUAGCUGGCUGUAUAUGUACUUCCAGUAUGUAUAAUAUAUAGUCAUAUAGUGACAGAAUACAAAGGCACAUUGAGUAUCAUCUGUUUAUUUGUAGCAUAAAGUAAUCUAUAUUGUAAUUUUUUGGUACAGUUCAUCCACUGGACUUAUAAUCUGCUUAAAAUUUGAGUUUGUAUGAUCUUCCAAUUGGUCCGUAGGUUUCACGCUGGUCCAGUGUGCAGGGCAGCUGAAUCAUCUCUGUUAGCUAAACUGAGGAAGAAAACAGGUUACACAAUUGCUAACUGCAAGAAAGCCCUAGAAAUGCACAACAAUGAUGCUGAUAAGGCUGAGUCGUGGUUGAAUGAUCAGGCCCAAGCUAUGGGUUGGGCUAAGGCCACCAAGCUUGCAGGCCGCACCGCCCUGCAAGGUCUUGUUGCUGUAAAGUUUGACAAGAACCAUGGUGCCUUGGUGGAGCUCAACUGUGAAACAGAUUUUGUGGCUAAAAAUGAAAAGUUCCAUAAAAUGAUAGAAGAAACAACUUUAGCAUGCUUUAAGUUUGCCCACACCCACAUGCAGGCAAAAGGACCACUUACUAAGAUGCAAUUAGACAGUGAACAAUUAGCCAAUCUAGCAACUCAAAGUGGAAAGAAGUUGUCAGAAGAACUAGCAUUGUUCAUUGGAAAUGUUGGCGAAAACGCUGUUUUGAGGAGGGCUGAAUGUUGGAAGGCCAACGACAAAGACGUGAAAAUCACCGGGUACACUCACCCCGCGCCUGCGACGUCUGCCGAUUACUCUGCAGGGAAGUAUGGAGCAUUACUCGCAUACAAACAAUCUAAUGACACGGAAGAUGUCGGAAGACAGCUUUGUCAACACAUUGUUGGUAUGGGCCCUAGAAAAAUCGGAAACAAAAAGACAGACGAGCCUGCCAAAGAUGCUGAUGAUGAAACAUGUCUUAUUUACCAAGAAUACUUACUCGACCCAUCAUAUACAAUCGAAGAAGUAUUAGAGAAACAUAAAGUCGAGGUCAUUGAUUACAUAAGAUUCUCAUGUGGGGAAGUCAUUGAAGCGAAUAUGCCUGGUGUGGAGAAGCAGCCAUUAGAUACAGUCCAAACCUUACAAUAAAAAGUUAUAGCUAUGCAUAGCAUACUCAGUUACAAGUAGUUACAUAAUUAUUUCAACUUAUUACAUAAUGUAAUAACCAAAUCAUAUUUAAUUUAUAUUGUUAAGGAAUAAAAUAUUAAAUAAUAAAACUGUUUGAAUUUCAUGUAAAACAUGGUUGAUCAAAUUUAAUAAUUACAAAAAGUUCU